CGCCCCGGCCCGGUCCGGCUCGGCGGAGAGAUGCGUGUCUGGAUAUCCGCCGUCGUCGUCGAGUGUCGAGUGCGAAGGAGGGAGGGUCGCCCCGCCGAUGCACGGGGCAGGCACAACUUGGGGCCAGGCGCGCGUCGGCAGUGUCGGCUCGGUGGCUUUGCUGGGGAGUUGCAGUGUGCUUUCGGACCGAGCGCCGCGAUCGCGAACGAACGCGCCCGCCCGCGAGAAAUGGCGUCUUUCGUCGAGAAACGCCGGAAAAAGUGCCGCGUCGUGCCCAUCCAUGAUUGUAUUUCGAGGCCGGCUAUGAGGGACAGAAAGGAGAAGAAAUUGUACACAGACGAUUGGGCCUUAGGCGACGAUGACAUUGAAGGAAGAAGAUCUUUUAGUAUUCAAGAGAAGUUAGAAACAGAUCGAUACUCACAAAAUUUCGUCAAAGAAAUGCAAGGCGCAGACUUCAAUUUAGCUUAUUUGCAAAGACAUGGGUUCAACACUCCUCUUUUAUUUAAAGAGAAGGCUGGUUUGCAUCUGCAAGUUCCAAGUUCUACAUUCACUGUCAAAGAUGUUCGUACUUGUGUCGGAUCAAGGAGAACACUAGAUGUCAUGGAUGUAAACACCCAGAAAAAUUGUGAAAUGACCAUGAAGGAGUGGCAACGUUAUUAUGACGACCCGGUUAAAGAUAAAUUAUUAAAUGUGAUCUCGUUAGAAUUUAGUCAUACAAAACUAGAAAAUUAUGUUAAAAGCCCAGCUAUUGUGAGGCAAAUAGAUUGGGUCGAUUGUGUUUGGCCUCGACACUUAAAGGAAGCACAAACUGAAUCUACAAAUGUGCUCGAAGACAUGAUGUACCCCAAAGUACAGAAGUAUUGUUUAAUGUCCGUCAAAGGUUGCUAUACUGAUUUCCACAUUGACUUCGGAGGAACGAGUGUUUGGUACCACAUUCUUCGAGGGAGGAAGGUUUUUUGGUUGAUACCUCCAACAGAGCACAAUAUCCAACUUUACGAACAGUGGGUUUUGUCAGGUAAACAAGGAGAUAUCUUCUUUGGUGACACCGUUGAAAAGUGUGGUAGAGUUACUCUGAUAGAAGGAUGCACCUUUUUCAUUCCUACUGGUUGGAUUCACGCAGUUUACACGCCCAAAGAUUCACUAGUGUUUGGAGGAAAUUUCCUGCAUUCUUAUGCAAUUGAAAAACAGUUGCGAAUUGCCCAAGUUGAAGAUUCAACUCGAGUUCCUCAGAAAUUUCGUUACCCUUUCUUCACAGAAAUGCUAUGGUAUGUGCUGGAGCGGUAUGUUAGCUGUUUGUUGGGGGUUUCACAUCUGGCUGAAAAGGACUCAGCCGUACAGCCCUCUCCGCGGUCAUCAGAACACACUCAUUUAACGCAUCAAGAGCUGCACGGACUAAAGUCAAUUGUUACGUACCUCCAUUGUUUACCUGCCAACAAGAAGAAUGUCCCUGAAUUAAUAAAGGAUCCAGUUGCUCUAAUUAAGGACGUAAGAACUCUAGUAGAGCAGCACAGGCAUGAUAGUUCAGAAUCAGCCGUUACUGGAAAGCCUGUUCUCAAAUCCCAGUUUGAGAAAGAUUCCAUUCGUCGAGCACCAUUAAGCAAAACUUAUCAAUUUUCCCCGGGGCCUGAUCGGGGUCACGGGCAUCCGAAUGGGAAAUCCAAAAUACCUCGGGGCAGUGGCAAUGGACCAAGAAGACGGAGAACAAGGUGUAAAAAGUGUCAGGCUUGCAAACAGGCAGACUGCGGUGAAUGUAUAUUUUGUCAAGAUAUGGUCAAAUUCGGCGGGCCAGGACGUGCAAAACAAACAUGUGUCAUGAGACAGUGUUUACAACCAAUGUUGCCUAUCACAGCUGCGUGUGUUUCCUGUAGUUUGGACGGCUGGGGUCAACAGUUAGUCAUACCUAUUCAAAAAACAAACAAAGAAACGCCAAGUUCCUUAAUGGAGUGCAGUGUAUGUUACGAAAUCAUCCACCCAGACUGUGCGGCUAAAGUUUGUGCUGAUUCUGAAGGUAUUGUCAAUGAAGAUUUACCAAAUAGUUGGGAGUGCCCAAAAUGUUGUAAGGAUGGGAAGAAUGUUGAAUACAAGCCGAGACAUUUUCGAGCGCGACAAAAGUCAACUGAUAUGCGGAAAAUGCAUAGCGACGGCAGCCCUAUAAUGAAAAGAGAGAGAAUGGAGGAUCAUUCCGGUGGUGAAGAUUCUGAUUCAUCAGAUAGUGACCGUACUUACCAAGAUCAUCCUGCAGCCAAGAGGAUUAAAUCUGAAUCUCCCGAGGACCUUCAGAACUCAAGUGGAAUGAAAUGGUUAAAUGGCGAUUCAGUUCGAAGUCGGAAUUCAGAUGAAACAACAUCCAACAAUAGUGGAGCUAACAUAACUGCCUCAUCCUCAUCAUCAUCAACUACGUGUGAACCGAGGAAAUUAGCUUUACGAACCCAGUUAGCUUAUCAGCUAAACGCAAACAGCAAUAAGCCUUUACGACGGCCAUUGUAUGUUGUGCGACCAUCACCAGCACCGUCAACCCCUACCAUAAAACAAGAGCCGGGCGUGAAUAGUGGCAAUGCAAAUAUGAAUAGGACAUGCUUACUCGCAAUUUUCAAGUAUUUGUCCCCGACAGAUUUAUCCAUCUGUGCUCAAGUUUGUCGGACUUGGUCCCAGAUUAGUGUGGAUCCUGUUUUGUGGAAAACAAUGAACUUGCAAAGUAAAAAACUCACUAGUUCCUGUUUGACAGGUAUCGUGCGGCGACAACCUGAAACUUUGAACUUAGAUUGGACGAAUGUGGUCAAGAGACAAUUGACAUGGCUUAUUACGCGGCUCCCACAAAUGAGGCACUUGUCGUUGCAAGGUUGCCCCGUUGUAAGCGUAACAGCUCUCAGGACGUGUCAGUGCCCACCUUUACAGUCUCUAGACUUAAGUUUUGUUACUGGUAUGAAUGAUGCUGCCUUAAGAGAAAUCCUUUCAUCUCCCUCUGAUUCAAGACCAGGAUUAAUUGAUACCAAAUCUAGACUUAGGAACCUAAAAGUAUUAAAAUUAGCCGGUUGCAAUGUUACUGACGUUGCAAUACUUUACAUUGUGCAAAAUAUUUGUAAUCUUAGUGUUCUUGAUCUCUCUCAAUGUAACCGAUUGACUGAUGCUGGUAUUUCACAACUUUCAUCUCAGCAAUCGCUUACUCUUAAAAGUCUCCAAACAUUAAAUUUAGCUGGUUGUAAGUUAAUCACAGAUCAAUCUCUAGAUCAUUUGGUAAGGUGCGUGAAUCUCUCAAGACUUGAUUUGCGACACGCCCCUUUAAUUACUUACUCAGCUGUACAGAAGUUCAUUUCUCACUCGAAACAAAAAUUAAGUAUUUUUGAUAGUAAACUAAUCAAACUAAGUAAAUAAAAGUUAUUGUCUUUGUAUCAUCUUUUUUAUCAUUGUUUUUUGUACGUGUGGAAUAAUUUUUGUAUUGAAACAUGGUUGAUAAUGCAACCAAAUCAGUUGUUAUAUUUUCUCGCUUAAAUUUUUUCGAAUCAUUGUGGAGAGUAACUUAAUGUGGAGUGACUUUAUGAAAUUUAUAUAGGAAACAAAAUUGCUCCUAUGAACAAAAGUGUGUAUUUUUUGUCUUUAUCUGAUUUUAUUGAAAGAUUUAUAAUAACUACCUAAAUUCCUGAACUUAGGUACAAAUAAAAAACAGAAUCUUUUAAUUAAAAGAAA